CAGUAGUCGGCAGUUUAUUUUUCUGAAGGGGAGGGGCCAUGGUUGAUAUAUUUCGAGUUCCGAAGAACCUGCUUGCAAUUUUGCUUUCGUUGUUCGAGCAAGCAGGAAGUGACAGUCAGCAGAAAUGAAAAUCAUGACUAAUUAUCCCGGGAUGUGCUUAGUGUUCUGUUUUGCAAUAUUUGGAUUGGGCUCUGCCAUCCGCUGUUUCACAUGCAAGGAUCAGACAGGGAACUGCACAAAAACACAGGACUGCCCUUCUGACGAUGCCUGCCUGAAACUGACUGAGAGAGGGGGACAGAUCACUCGGCAGUGCAUCAAGGGCUCUGAUUGCGACUUCAAUCAAUUGGCCCAGAUGUUCCCAUCUGUACCAAAAUUCACCUUUGAUUGUUGCUCCAAUGACCUAUGCAACGGAGCCACAUCCAUUGGCACUGGCAAGCCCUUGCUGGGCCUUCUUGCCUCAUUGGUAGUGAUGUGGUGGUGUAUGCAGUAACCUCUCCUCAUACGUUUUAGAAGCCCUAAUGUUGCCAUUCGACUCAACAGAAGCCACUGAUGGAACGGCAAGCAGGAAGAUGUGGGCUAAUGGCUCAUGCUGAAAUUCUGCCGUACUUUCCUGACUUACUGCUGCACAUUUGCAAUAUUGAUUUUGACUCUUUGCACUUAAUUGGAUUUUUAAAGCUUUCUAUGAUAAACUAUUUGUUGAUUACCAAUGCUUUGUGCUUCAGCCCAAGGGCUGAAAAUAGGAAACGUGCUCACAGAUGAGUUUGGAAAAGGUAUAUCAUUCAAACAAUCCUAUUUUGAGGCUUGUAAAAUACACUAACAAUUUCCAUCUAAGUGGGUUUGCUCAGAAUUAUGACCAAGUAUUGCGCCAAUAGGUUGUCUAUAGUUUGCUGACCAAAGUUACUAUAAUGUGCUUAAAUGUAAGGGAUACUUUGAGAAAUAUGUCUGAUUGAGUGGACAAAGUAUUGUAUAAUUAAAAAUGCAAAUACAUGAUAUGGAAUUUGGAACUAAAUGUUGUUCAUUUUGGGAGAGACAUUUGUUCACACACAAUGCCUUCACUGCUCUUAUACUGCAUAGUGGCUUACCCUGGUACAUAACAUUGCUUUGACUGUUUUAUAGGUAUCUGUUAAACCAAUCUGUCUUUUUUCAAGGGCACAGUAUAGACCUAUUAGGAUUAAAUAUCACUUUUUAAUCUCUGGACAAUAAAUAAAAUAUUACCAAA